GGUGCCGCCAGUGGGUGCGUCCAAUAAUGACUGGGGGAUCCCUGCGAGUAACAUGACCAAAAAGAAGCGGGAGAAUCUGGGCGUCGCUCUAGAGGCCUCAGAACACCUGCCUGGGACUCUGGGAUCCGCACUUGUAAUCAUUGAUCACUGUCUCUGCAGGGGCCUCUCCGGGAGGAACUGGAUAGAGAACUGGCUGAGACCAGUUAAGAUCGAUGGGCUGGAGGAGAAGCUGUCACAGUGUCGGAAAGACCUGGAAGCUGUAAACUCCAGGCUCUGUGGGACGGAGCUGAGCCCAGAGGCCAGGAAGUCUCUGGAGAAGGAGAAAAACAGCCUGAUGAACAAAGCCUCUAACUAUGGAGUUAAAGUUGCUUCGGCAGGAGAACCGGAAGAACAUGCUCCUCUCUGUGGCCAUCUUUAUUCUCCUGACCCUCAUCUACACCUACUGGACCAUGUGAGCCUGAGACUUCUCCACAGUCAGCACGGGGUUCCUCCUUGGCCCCCUGGUCACAACCAAGCAGGCCCUUCAAGCCUCAAGACAUCCAAGGUACAGGCGCAUUUCUCCCCGACCCCGACACUGGAUCAGGGCUGCCAGCCCAGCCCCUCUUCACUCCUGGUCCUGCUGUGGGGCCUGGGUCUCCAGAAGGACUUUGUGCUGAUUCCCCUCUCAGCCCAAGGGAGAGCCAAUAAAGAACAGCCAGGCUGCUUCUGUCUGCUGAGUAAAUGUCAUGGUCUGACUGCAGCUGGAGGGCAGUGGGGGUGGCACUCGGGAAUCAAGGAAGAAAAGAUGUUCAAGGGGAAGUGUUCAGCUUAGAACUCAGAAGGGAGGGGGAAGGCAGGGCUGCAAAGGCGAGGCCCCAGCUUAAGUGGGGAAUAAGGAGACAGGAGGAAGCAUGUAAAAGCCAAAACUAUUCUGGGAGCCAUUUCCAGGGCUUAGGCCUUGCACUACCAGUCCACCGUGCCCACCAAACACACUUUCUUGCCCUCCAGUCAGGGUCACUGCCUGUAAUUAUGGCAUGAAAAAAAAAAAAACACACGCCAUGCAGCAAAGGGUGACCAGGGAAGUGGUCAUGUGGAGGUACCACAGGACCACAGAGUUAACCCAUCUUCAAGAGGCAAGCAGGGCUGGUGAGGCCUGGCAGAGUGAGUAGGCAGCAAGAGCCAUGGUAAUGACCAGACUUACAGUGACAGUGGGCAGCAAAUCAGGCAGGGUUGGCUGGAGUGGGGGCAGGAGCAACAAACACGGCCACCCCCCAACUCUGCUCCCAGCACCAGGGCCAGGAGGGGCAGGAGUGAGAGGCUGAGCAAAGCCGAGCAUAGUAGGGCAACCAGAAGGAUCAGGGGCUUGGCCUGGAGACUACACCAGUUAGGAAAGUGGAGCUGCCCUAAGAAAGGAGUUGCCCUAGGAGCUCAGGAUGUGAGACAUCAAGGACCCUCGGGGCCAGGGUGAAGGAAGGAGCCAAAGUACAGCAGGCUGGAGGAGGCCAGCACCAGAGCUGUGGAGCUGGUGGAGCAGCUCUAGCCCUGGGCCGAGAGGGAGGCACCAUCGGCACCUGCACACCUCACCCCAAGCACAGCCCCCCCACCCCCACCGGUGCAGGCACAGAAUGGAGGGGAGGCUGGCCAGGGGUCAGUGCAACCGUCUCUCCCUCCCUCUCUCCCUCCGGUCUAGUGACACUAAUUGGUCUGACACCUCUGUUAUUUUAGUCACACAGACUGAUCCUGGAUUGUCACAGUGCUACCAUGGAGUGAGCCGUGUGAUUUAUGUAAGGGGGUAGGUGCCUCCCUGCCCUGCUGGGCAGUAGGUUCUUUCAUUCUCCAGUCCCUGCUUCCAACAGGAGCUGCAUAAUUUCCGGACUCUUCCUAGGUGGGGCCCCUCUCUAGCAGCAGGGCCCACGAGGCCCAGGAGCUUGUAGAGGCUCUGAUUAAACAAACCUGCUUUUCUCCCCUCUUCUUAAGUAGAGCUUUCUCCCCUUCUCCAGCCCAAACUGUUUCAUUCAAGCCAAUCCCAGACCACACAGCACCAAGGACAAACAGCACUAUCCCCAGCACAGAGCCACACAGGCAUUAAAAAUAUGUUUAUCUUUAAUGAUCCAAGAUUCUGCAAGACACACUGAUAUACCCAGAACGGGGUGGAAACACACCUUUCUCAGCCGUGCUGCCACCAACCUGGGGGGAGGGAGGGGCUAGAUGCUGGCUAGGCGACACCGCCCCCCCACCCCCAGGUAGAGUCAUUUCCAACCUCACAGGGAGUCUCUGUGGCCUAUCGCCAUGGAAACCAGCCUAGCACUGGGAUGGGGCUCUAGGGAGCCCAUAAGAGCAUCUCUGAGAGGUAUUUCCCAUUAAAAACAACAAGUGCCCCCCCCCCCCCGCCCAAAGCUACUGCCCAGCUUCCCUUCUUCCCCCUCUGCCAAGACAGAGGAAAUGGAGUGACCACAAAAGGACAAACGAAAGUGACUGUACUUCCUACUGGGGAAGAAAAAGGGGGUGAGUAGCAAGGUGGCUGUGGCAAAUGGGGGGGGGGGUGCCAUGAUUGCCAGAAGGCUGGGUGUGACCCAACCCGAGGUACCUCUGUUGCCAGGGGGCCACUGCUGCUGGGGCAUAGAAAAAGGUCUUUAAAGGCUGCUUCCUCUUCUAGAGCUGCCCAAGGUUCAGAACAAAAGGGAAUGGGGCCCAGGAAGGCUCUACAACCCCAGGAGGCAGUCAUGCCCGCUAUCGAGACAGCACUGCCUGUGUCCCGAUGCAGUGGCAGGGAAGUAUGGCCCACGUGCCUCCCUUCCCGGCCUGCGGGACUGUCAGAGGUCCGGCUGGGACGAACUCCAGGGAAGACCAGGACAGAGGUCAGGGAGGAGAUAAAAUCAUCUCCAACUUGGCAUCAAAACAGAGCAAGUUCAAAGAAACAAAACCUUGAUUUGUACAGCAGCUGCCCCUGGCCUACACCCACUCAGGGUCGGCCCAAUAAAAAGCUGGGCAGAGCACGGGCAUGGCCGCCCUCAGGGCAGUGCACGGAACUCAGAAAAGUGAGUCUACAGGAUACAAGAGAGAAUGGCAGAAACAAAGCCCUGCUGUUCUCUGACACGUCCUCCACUGGCCACACAUGCCCUCGGCCCUGACCUCAAACCCGCCUGUAGGAGCAGUAUCCUUCAGGCUGAUUCCUGGCAGGGAAGACAAUUCCCAGGCAGGUCUCUGGGGAGGGAAGUCCAAAAGGUGUCCCAGAAGGAACGUCAGAGUCCUCAGAAGGCCCCCGACUGAGUUCUUCAGGGAGAAUGGAGAGGAGACCACCCACCCCUUAUGGUCAGGCUGCAGUGACUGUGCUCCCCAGUCCCUUUCCGAGAAGGGGUAAAAAACCAGUACUGUGAGCCCCAGGCAGAGUGCCCUGACUCAGAGAAUGACAGAUCAUUCAGCAGGGGUGGGCAUCCCCACACCCUCAGGCGCUGUGCAUCUGGAUGAAUGAGAGGACAUCUUCCUUGGACAGCUUGUCUGGGUCCUGGGGCUUCUGGGAGUCAUGAACACGGAUGCCAUCCCCCCACUCCCAGAAGAGCCUGCCAUAGUAGCAGAUGCUGGGGAGAAGGAAGAGAAAGGAGGUCAGAGGGCUGUACCCGGGUGGAGCAGGACCAAGAGAUCACCACCCCAACCCUGGCAACCAUGACUUAGAGGACUGAUCCUUAAAGGGGUGGGUCAUUUAACUCCAGUUGAGGGUCUUCCCUCUAGCAGCCAACAGGUACUCAGUAGGCCCCAGCUCCUUUCCAACAAACAGAUGCUGAUGCUAAUUGUGUCCAACUAGAUUCCUAGAAUUACUGAUAUUCCUGGUUUGUCUGUGCCGUUCUAAUAAAACAGUGUAGCAACAGACACUGGUGUCAGUGGCUAAUUAUAGGUGCAUUAGAGCUACUGGCUGCUGUCAAAACCUAUGACUGUAACAGUCUGGCAAACGGACUCUGGGUGCUCAUGAGAGACACCUAAGACCCUUGAAUCCCAAGGGGCAGGGCUGCAGGCCCUUGGUAGCUUUGCACCACCAGGCCAGUGUCAGAAAGUCACAUAAGCAGUGGCUGCUCCAUGGGGCAGAUAGAUACCCUGCCUGGAUGAGGCUCUUCCCACCCAGGACCCCCAGCCAUCACAGCAGGUCUUGGUGUCACUUGCUUCUCACUGAGCUUCUAUCCAGAACUGGGGGCCACGCCCUAGAGGGGGCAUAGCCCCACCCUUGGGAGGAGCCCAGUCUAUGCUAGGGAAGCCCCUGCUUGGGCAGCCAUCUUUCUCAGGACCUGGGGUAUGCCCCAAGAGGGCUGGCCGGCAUCCUGGCAGGAGCACCUGGGGUUGUGGAGGGGACAGGCACGGAGGAGGGCCACUUACUGAAAUGGGGCGAUGGAGUCUGCAGGGAGGUCAAAGGUAGAGAUCUUGGUUUUCUUAUUGUAGAAGAACUUCCUCUUGAAGCUUUUGCUGAAUCCCAUAGUCCAUGGCUCUGACAGAAGGAAGAGGGGAAAGCUCAGAAAAGGACACAAAAUAUUCAUGCGGGACAGGAACAGACCAACAUAGGGGUGUGCCUUUCUGCACUUGUGUUCUUCCAUUGCCCUCUCUCCCAAAAAGCAGGCAGAGAACAGCCUGUGAGGAGGAUGCAGCCUUUAUCACCAGCCCAAAGGGGCUCAAGGAGGACAACAAAGAUAAUUACUUCUCAACAACCCCACCCCAGUCCUGCCAACCUGCCACCAGGCAACAACUCUGGGACCCUGGCAGAGGGAAGGCUCUUUAGCCAGAAGGCACUGAAGAAAAGGGACUGUACAGAGGAUACAAAUGGCCAAGCCUGACUUGCUGCCGCCCCCAGAGAAGGCCCUUUACCUGCAUGAGGACACUGUGCACAAACCAACUGGGCUCCUCUCUCUCAGCCCCAACCCGACCCCCAGGACCCACCAAGGAACAGAAAAGGCUCGGGAAACAGUCCCCAACCCCACACCUCAAAGAAACACCAGCCUGGCUGCCAUGCACCUUAGUAGGCAGCCUUCAGCUCCGGCUCAGACAGGGUCCGGGCUAGUCACCCUGGCUGCAGGAAAGAGGACAGGCAACAAUCACCCAUCACCUACCAUUCACCGUCCUGACGAUGUAGAGGCCAGUGGGCACAAAGUGCCGGUCAUCCCGCCCUGUGUAGCUGAGCUUCGGGGUGCCACUGGAGCCCUUGAUGAUCUUCAUUUCUAACCUAAUUUCCCCGAGGUGAGUAAACAGCAAGUAUGGUUUUGUGCAUGAGA